UUCCUGCCCUCCUCCUGCUACCUAGCGUCAAUUUCGUAUUUGGAAACCCCAAAGCAUGCAGCUCAAAGGCUCUGCGAGUCUGGGUUUUCUGUUGCCUUCUCUUUGUCUCUGAGGACUCCACAUAUAGAACCACUCCAUGCCUUCAAGAAAGAUGCCAUUGGCUCCCUUCUCAGGCUGAUCCUGGUCUAUCUCUGACUCUGUUCUCCUCCACCAGACCUCUUGAUUCCAUUUUGAAAGAAAACUGAAAAUGGAUCCACAAGGUGGAAGGAGAUAACAGACUCUCACAAGUUGUCCUGUGACCUCCACAAUUAUGUCAUGGUAUUUCCAAUGUGGACACCGAAGAGAAAAUUUUUUAUCUUUUUAAAUAUGAUCUUAGUUUCUAGAGUCCUUGGGUUUCGGUGGUUUCCUAAAACUCUACCUUGUGAUGUUACACUAGAUAGCUCAAACACCCAUGUGGUUGUGGACUGCACAGACAAGCAUUUGACAGAAAUCCCUGAGGGUAUCCCCACUAACACCACCAACCUCACCCUUACCAUCAACCACAUACCAAGCAUCUCUCCAGAUUCCUUCCGUAGGCUGAACCAUCUGGAAGAAAUCGAUUUCAGAUGCAACUGUGUACCUGUUCUACUGGGGUCCAAAGCCAAUGUGUGUACCAAGAGGCUGCAGAUUAGACCUGGAAGCUUUAGUGGACUCUCUGACUUAAAAUCCCUUUACCUGGAUGGAAACCAACUUCUAGAGAUACCGCAGGAUCUCCCAUCCAACUUACAGCUUCUGAGCCUUGAAGCUAACAAUAUCUUCUCUAUCAUGAAGGAGAAUCUAACAGAACUGGUCAACAUUGAAGCACUCUACCUGGGUCAAAACUGUUAUUAUCGAAAUCCUUGCAAUGUUUCCUAUUCUAUUGAAAAAGAUGCUUUCCUAGUUAUGAGAAAUUUGAAGGUUCUCUCACUAAAAGAUAACAAUAUCACAGCUGUCCCCACCAUUUUGCCACCUAAUUUACUAGAACUCCUUCUUUAUAACAACAUCAUUAAGAAAAUCCAAGAAGAUGAUUUUAAUAACCUCAACAAGUUGCAAGUUCUUGACCUAAGUGGAAAUUGCCCUCGAUGUUAUAAUGUCCCAUAUCCAUGUACACCAUGUGAAAAUAAUUCCCCCUUACAGAUCCAUCCCAAUGCUUUUGAUUCAUUGACAGAAUUAAAAGUUUUGCGUUUGCACAGUAACUCUCUUCAGCAUGUGCCCCCCGAAUGGUUUAAAAACAUGAAAAAACUCGAGGAAUUAGACCUCUCUCAAAACUACUUGGCCAGAGAAAUUGAGGAGGCCAAAUUUUUGACUUCUCUCCCCAACCUUGUCCAGUUGGAUCUGUCUUUUAAUUAUGAGCUGCAGGUCUACCAUGCAUCUAUAACUUUACCACAUUCCCUCUCUUCUUUGAAAUACUUGAAAAUUCUUCGUGUCAAGGGAUAUGUCUUUAAAGAGCUGAAAAACUCCAGCCUUUCUGUACUGCGCAAUCUUCCUGGUCUGGAAAUUCUUGACCUUGGCACUAACUUCAUAAAAAUUGCUGACCUCAACAUAUUCAAACAGUUUAAAAACCUCAAACUCAUAGACCUUUCAGUGAAUAAGAUAUCCCCUUCAGAAGAAUCAAGAGAAGUUGGCUUCUGUCCUAAUGCUCGAACUUCUGUAGACAGGCACGGGCCCCAGGUCCUUGAGGCCUUACACUAUUUCCAAUAUGAUGAAUAUGCUCGGAGCUGCAGGUUCAAAAACAAAGAACCGCCUUCUUCCUUGCCUUUGAAUGCAGACUGCCAUGCAUAUGGGCAGACCUUAGACUUAAGUAGAAAUAACAUAUUUUUUAUUAAACCCUCUGAUUUUCAACAUCUUUCAUUCCUCAAAUGCCUCAACUUGUCAGGAAACACCAUUGGCCAAACUCUUAAUGGCAGUGAACUCAAGCCUUUGAGAGAGCUGCAGUACUUAGACUUCUCCAACAACCGGCUUGAUUUGCUCUACUCAACAGCCUUUGAAGAGCUUCAGAGUCUGGAAAUUCUGGAUCUAAGUAGUAACAGCCACUAUUUUCAAGCAGAAGGAAUUACUCACAUGCUAAACUUUACCAAGAAAUUACGAUUUCUGAAGAAACUCAUGAUGAAUGAUAAUGACAUCUCUACCUCAGCCAGCAGGACCAUGGAAAGUGACUCUCUUCGAACUCUGGAAUUCAGAGGCAACCAUUUAGAUGUUCUAUGGAGAGAUGGUGAUAACAGAUACUUGGACUUCUUCAAGAAUCUGUUCAUGUUAGAGGACUUAGAUAUCUCCAGAAAUUCCCUGAAUUCUUUGCCUCCUGGGGUUUUUGAAGGUAUGCCACCAAAUCUAAGGAAUCUCUCCUUGGCCAAAAAUGGGCUCAGAUCUUUCUCUUGGGACAGCCUCCAGUUACUGAAGCAUUUGGAAACUUUGGACCUCAGCCACAACCAGCUGACCAUUGUCCCUAAGAGACUGGCCAACUGUUCCAAAAGUCUCACAAGACUGAUUCUUAAGCAUAAUCAAAUCAGGCAGUUGACAAAAUAUUUUCUAGAAGAUGCUUUGCAAUUGCGCUAUCUAGACAUCAGUUCAAAUAAGAUCCAGGUCAUUCAGAAGACUAGCUUCCCAGAAAAUGUCCUCAACAAUCUGAACACAUUGCUUUUGCAUCACAAUCGCUUUCUUUGUAACUGUGAUGCUGUGUGGUUUGUUUGGUGGGUUAAUCAUACAGAUGUUACUAUUCCAUACCUGGCCACUGACGUGACUUGUGCAGGUCCAGGAGCACACAAAGGUCAAAGUGUUGUAUCCCUGGAUCUGUAUACGUGUGAGUUAGAUCUCACAAACCUGAUUCUGUUCUCAGUUUCCAUAUCGUCAGUCCUCUUUCUUAUGGUAGUUAUGACAACAAGUCACCUCUUUUUCUGGGAUAUGUGGUACAUUUAUUAUUUCUGGAAAGCCAAGAUAAAGGGUUAUCAACAUCUGCAAUCCAUGGAGUCCUGUUAUGAUGCUUUUAUUGUGUAUGACACUAAAAACUCAGCAGUGACAGAAUGGGUUUUGCAGGAGCUGGUGGCAAAAUUGGAAGAUCCAAGAGAGAAACACUUCAAUUUGUGUCUAGAAGAAAGAGACUGGCUACCAGGCCAGCCAGUUCUAGAAAACCUUUCCCAGAGCAUACAGCUCAGCAAAAAGACAGUGUUUGUGAUGACACAGAAAUAUGCGAAGACUGAAAGUUUUAAGAUGGCAUUUUACUUGUCUCACCAGAGGCUCAUGGAUGAAAAAGUGGAUGUGAUUAUCUUGAUAUUCUUGGAAAAGCCUCUUCAGAAGUCUAAGUUUCUUCAGCUCCGGAAGAGGCUCUGCAGGAGCUCUGUCCUUGAGUGGCCUGCAAAUCCACAGGCUCACCCAUAUUUCUGGCAGUGCCUGAAAAAUGCCCUGACCACAGACAAUCAUGUGGCUUAUAGUCAAAUGUUCAAGGAAACAGUCUAGCUUUCUGAAGAAUGUCACCACCUAGGACAUGCCUGGGUACCUGAAGUUUUUAUGAAAGUUUCCGUAAAUGAAGGUCUGAACUUUUCCUAACAGCUGUCAUGGCUCAGAUUAGUGGGAAAUCAUUAAUAUAUGGCUAAGAAAUUAAGAAGGGGAGACUGAUAGAAGAUAACUUCUUUCUUCUUUCUUCAUGCUGCCAUGUACAUUUAAAUAUCUCCCCCAACUCAACUAUAAAGUACUUGUCCCUAGGAGGAAACACAAGGCUUUGAUUUACCUGCAUACAAUUGAGAAGAGCCACACAUCUGCCCUUAAGAAGUACUAGUAGUUUCAGUAGUAGGGUAAAAAUUAUGCAAGCUCUAUCUAUCUGAUACUGAACUGUACCAGGGUUCAAAGAAAUAAAAGCCCAGAGAACUUCUCCGUAAAUUGUGUAGUAUCCACUGCACAGUACACCACAAAAGCAGUUACUGAUACAGGAUAGUUGGUAGCUGCUCCAGUGUCUCUUACUCAUUUUCUUGGAGCCCAUUGAUGGGUUCUUUGGAGAAAUAAGGAAACAUUUUUUUUGUCAUCCAUGGACAUGUCCAACUUAUAAGUAGAGAAAAUGGAAAUAUUGUCCCCCUCAAGCAAAGUGAUGUUCUUUGCCUUUGAUGAUAAUUUACCUGCUGAAAUAUUCUAUGUACAUGGCCAGAAUACUGUUUCCAAAGUAAAAUGAGCUUUAAAGUAACUUCAUUAAUUGAUGUUAGUUUGUGAACUAGUGCCAAUAUUUUUUUGGUAUCUGUACCCAUCUUGCAUCAAUAUUAGAUGGUUUUCAUAAUAAGCCCAAAAGGGGGUGGAAAGAAUAUAUAUUAGGGCUAUCAGGGAUAAGAAAAUAGAUGGAUGGCAAUUGUGUAUUUUAUUGCAGUUUUGAAAAGAUGGGGGAAGACAUGAAGUUUGAAAGAGCUUAACAGUGGGAAAUCAUUAGAUUUUGUUUGUUUGGUUGUUUUGUUUUUGUUUUAUUUUGGUGUGUGUGUGUGUGUGUGUGUGUGUGUGUGUGUGUGUGUCCAGAAGACAUUAUCAGGAAUGAUAUACACUUCCUUUAAGACAACUCCUAUUGACUUGGAACUCAACAAUUAAGCUGGACUAGCUGACUGGCAAUCCCUGGGGAUAUGCCUGUCUCUGCCUCUUUAGAGUUUAGAGUAUCUUCCACCAAAUCUGGCAUUUUUACAAAGGUUCUGAGAAUCCAACUCUUGCAAAUAGAGUGCUUUACUAACUAACCAUUCCUCCAACCUGAAAGCAUCAAUUUUAAUUUCUACUUUCAUAAUCAAAAUAACAAAAAGAACCCAGAUAUUGUUAAGAUAAACUGGUUAUAAAUUUAUAUGAGUUCAAAGUUUGAAAUAUGAUCAACUUGCCAUUUGAAAAAUAAUGUGUGUAGGUUUAAAGACCUGAAAAGUUAGUUUAGGGAAAAUAUAUUUCCCUCAUAUGUGAAAACAUCAAAAGUUUUACUUCAAGUGUAGCUUGGAAGAAAUAGUAUAGAAAUUGUUUCCAAAUGACACAACUAAGAAAGUUUGCAAAUUUCCAAGCUAACCUCUGGAACACCAGUGAUGUAAAGUUCCUAGAGUCAGUUAUUUCACAAUUUCUCUGAGCCUCAUUGUGUUUAACAGAUUCUUUGCUUCUUCAAUGAAAAUACAGAUAAUGUCAUACACAAAAAAAUCAGCUCUUGACCACUACAUAUUUUCUCCUACCAACACACAUAAGUUCAUAAGAUUUAAGCUAUCUUGGUGAUUUAUAAAGCAUAAAUCACUUUGAGACAACUUAGAUCUCUUCUGAAAUGCAUUAAGAGGAAGAGAAACACAAAAAUACCAGAGCUAUUUCCUCGUAUUUCCUCCUGAAGUUAAAUACAGAGGUUUGAUGUCAGAAUACAACUCAGAAUGUACCCAUAGAUGUUUAUGGUUGAAUACUUUUAUUAUCAUGAUGAGUCACUCUUUUAGUGAUCUUAGGGCUCUCCAUAGAGGUCCAUAGAAGAGGAGUUGUCUAUAGAGUGUGCAGAUCAAAUCUAUCACCUCAGAUUACCAGGAAAAAUUUACUUCCUGGUUCCAUAGAAAACUCUGAUCUGAUAGCUCCAUCUCAGGAGGAACUUGAAGAUUCUUCAUAAAUCUCACUCUACAUCAAGUUUUGGUGUCUAGCUUCUUACAACCCUGCCCCUGAUUAGGGUAUGUUUUUUGACCUGCGAUAGAUAUUGUACCUUGGCAUGAUCUGAAUUUUGAUGAUCCAAGCCACUGGGCAUUGGCAGAUCACAUGAUAAUGACUGAAAAAAUGGAGAAAAUGAACAUCUUCAGUUUGUAGAGGAGAGAAAAAAUGAAUGUGAUGUGGCACACUAUCCAUGACUCAGGUUCUCUUUGUCCAGAAUACUACAUACCUUCAGCUAUAUAUUUUUUGAACCUUUGUAGGACUCCUUAAGGUAGUCAAGGAAUAUGGAGUACAUAAUGAAAUGAGGUGGUGUGAGAAUGUGGGCAACUUGAAUCAUUUCCAAAGACGCCAUGAUGAGAAAGAUGAGGACAAACACUUCUUUGGGGGUAAAACCUGUUCCUCAAUCAUAAAACAACCCUUUCCACCUGGAGAAGAGGGUUAAAAGUCAUUGGAAGUACUGGCUGAUCUUCCAGAGAACCCUGGUUCAAUUCCCAGAACUCACAAGUGAUUCACAGUCAUCCUUUACUACAUAUAGUUCUAAGGGAUCUGAUACUCUCUUCUCGCCACACUGGUACUGCAGCAACUUGAAACACAGACAUACAUCCAGACAAAGCACCCAUACACAUAAAACAAAAUAAAUAAGCAAAACAAAUCCUUUUCAAAAAUUGAAAUUAUAAAUAUAUUAUUGUCCCCUUUGCUCCCUCAAAUCCAGUGUUUCUCAACCUAUGGGUCAUGAUAGCUUUAGGGACUGUAUACCAGAUAUCCUGCAUGUCAGAUAUUUGCAUUAUGAUGCAUUACAGUAGUAAAUUGAUAAUUAUGAAGUAACAAAGAAAAUAAUUUUGCGGUUGGGGUCACCACAACAUAAAGAACUAUACUAAAGGGUCACAGCAUUAAAACAUUUAAACACACUACUCUAAUCCCUCCUGUGUAUCCAUCCUUGCUCCCUCUAGAAUUCAUAGCUUCUUUUUCUUUAAUUAUUAUUAUUUUACACACACACACACACACACACACACAAACACACACACAUCUGCUUAGUCCAUUUAGUGAUAACUUGUACAUAUGUGAUUUCAAAUUUCAGAGAUGAUCACUUGGGGUUAGAUAACCAAUUAGGGGAUUCAUUCCAGGGGAAGAACUAUUUCUCUCACUUUCAGGAUUUCCUUAGUUGCCUGUAGAUCCUUGUCUAAGGGUGGAGUUCUAUGAGAUAUUUCCACUUCUGUGUUAGCAUGUCUAUUGUUGGUAUACUCUGCUUGGGUCCUUUUUAGGCAGCCAUACUGUUGAGAUAUCAUGGGUAAUGCUCUAUUUCUGUCAUUUCUAGGAAACAAAAUCUCAGAACAUAUUCCAUGGUCCACUGUCUUUUUUCAAUAUUUCUAUUCCUCUUCCAAGAUGUUCCCUGAGCCUUAGAUGCAAGAGUAGUCUUAUAAAUGUAUCAAUUAGUGUCCGGCAUCUCACAAGCACAUGUUCUCUCCAUUAUGGCUAAUUGUAGUUUUCUGUUGCAAAGAGAAAUGAUAUACUCAUCUGUGGGUGCAGUCAGUAGUUUUGCUUGUUUAGUAGUAGACUCUGCUACUAGAUCUCACUAGUUCUGGGUAAUGUACUAGGUUUCUAGUACCAGGCAUGAUAUCCCUCAUGCUGAGUGGGCUAUUGGUCCAAUAGAGAACAAAUUUACCAUCAGGAUAUGAAUGCCACUAUCGCAUCCUUAAGGCAACUGCACAAUGUUGGUCAGUGUUGUCAUUCAUAGGCACUACAGCUGAGGACCAUUAUUCUUUGUUUCUUCCCCUUGGACCUUUACAUACCACCUUCUUUUCUUAAAUGUUUAAAAACAAGACAUUUUUUCCAUCUAACCAAGGUAAAUGAGAGAACUGGGUUACUGUAAUUUGUGGUCCUACUUUGAACAAUUUCAAUGAAGCCAAAUUUGGGGUUUUUCUUUUGCCUCUUCUAUAUGUUCAGCAGGGAACACUGUUUAUAAGAAAGACUAGUUAGCAAGGCUGUGGAAAGUCAUCUCUUCUUAGAGCUUUGAGUUGUCAAACUUCUAGGGUGUUGUUAAUAAUUAUGGGAUACAGUGCCUCUUGCAUCUGAGGAAAAGUUUAGCCUUUGACUCUAAUUAAUGCUGGGAACUUAUUUGUACACGCUGAAGGCCAAAUUGCAAGUGGUGUAACAAGGAUACAACCAAAGAGUUAAUGUAAUGAAGAAAACAUGAAACCAACCACCAUAGAGAAGGGGGAAGCUCAAAAGAAUAAAAAGUUCCAAACUUCUAAUAAAAUAAUAUGGUGAACCUUGGUGAUCACAGGAGCCCAGGGUUCUACUAAGAUCAAAAUUACAACAGGACAGUUUCAUAUUCUAAUUUGUGCCAUGAUCUGCAUGGCUUUGGGAUUAACCAAACUGUGGCCAUGAGGAAUGAAAAAAAUAACAGACACAGACACAGAAAAGCUAGGAUUUCCUGGACUGUGCAUCCUAAUAGAAACACACCAGCAGCAGGAAAACUUGGUGCAUUUACUAUAUAUAGCCCAAAGGAGGAAGAGGUGGGUUAGCUAAUUCCAGUCGGGGGUUUCUGUAGGGGAGCAAUCUCAAGCUUCAGUCAUGCAGGAGGAGGAAGCUUUGCUUGAUACUUUUUGCACAUCCAACCAACAUAUGUCUACCUGGAAAUAUCCUUGUCAUUCCUAUGGGUUUGAGGCUGUAGGGUCCUUGACAUGCAUAUGUCAACAACACACAUUCACUUGGGACUCAUAAUCUUCUCACCGAUAGAUUUCUUUCUUUCCCUCUUUUCUUCAAAUAUCUAUCCCAUUUUCUCAGAUUCCUUUUGACUCAGAGGGUUAUAGCACAUCUCUGGAAAUUCUUAAGAAAGAGAAGAAAGGAGCCAGGGUUGUAGGUAGAAGGACUCUUCAUUUGCCCAUUAUCGAUGUGGCAGCUGUAGGGAUAAAACCCAUUUUACAUACCUACCUACUUUAGUGAGCGUGAUCAUCUAUAAUUGGCUUAGUGACAUCUUUCCUGGAUAACACUGGCUGGAUGUUCUGUCACAUUCAAAUGCAGUCUUGGUUUUUAUUCUUCCUUCUUAUAUCAACUUUCAACCAUGGAGUUAAACUGAAAGCAACCAGGUACUGUGCCUUAAAAUAUACCUGAAUUUCAGAUAGUAAUUCAUUUCUAACAUAGUUUUAUGGCAUUUCGGUGACUGCAUUUUUUUUGCAAGCUCAUCUCUGCUCUUUCUUGAUGAUUGAUAUUAGUUUAAACUUUUGGAAAAGCUCAUAGUCUUAAAAUGGCUGAAGAGGUUUAAGUCACAGUGUCUCAAAAUGAAGACACUCACAGGCGCUUUGGAUCAAGAGGAAGUCCUAGAGGGCCAUCCCUCAAACCUAACAACUAGCAUUGGGAAUCAGACAGUUGCUUCCACAGAUAGAAAAUAACUUUUGAUGUUGUUCCUGUUUGACGUAACUCCCAGAAUCGAGAAUAGGCAGGGAUGCAUAGCAAGGACUCUGUCUUGAUUUUGUCAGACAAAUAUAAGUGCAUGAUAUCACUAUCAGAGGCAAUGCAGUAGAAUGAACAUUCCAGAGACUUAAGUAGCAGCAAACUGUAAGAGCUGACAUCUCCUGAAAAAUAAAAAGAAGAUAAAUGAAAUAAAGAAGGUAUUGACAGCCAUAUGAGCCCAGAUCUGUGGCCCAUUACUCAGGAAGACCACUCUGGUAUGAAAAUCCCCUGAGUUCUGUGUCUAAUUGGGACUUGGCUGCUCUCCUGAAGUCAUAGUGAACAACACCCUUGGUUAAGGUCCAGAUGGAGAAACACUGUACGGGGCUUAGGUACAGUGGUGGUUUGAAUGAGAAUGUCACCACAAAGACUCACAUAUUUGAAUGUUUGGUUCCCACUUAGUGGACUGUUUGAGAAGGACUAGGAAGCAUGGCCUUGUUGAAGGAGGUGAUGAGCUUUGAGGUUUCAAAAGCCCAUGCCAGGCACAAACUCUUGUUCUCUGCCUCCAAUUUUCUGACCACCUUCUUCUUCGGUGCCAUGCCUAACUGCCUGUUGCCAUGCUUCCAACUAUGACGGUCAUUGAAUAACAAUCUGAAACUGUACACAAACAAUUAAAUGCUUUCUUUU